AUGUGCUCGGCCGGGGAGCUGCUUGGCAGCGGCAGCGGCGGGGAGCGCGACGAGAACGGGGACGCACUGGCGGAGCGGCCGGCGGCGGGGACGGAGAGGGAGCCCGGGGCGAGCCCGCGGCGGCGCGGGCAGCGGCCGCUGGCGGAGCGCGAGCAGGAUAUUGAAGAAUCACAAAACCACACUGCCGAGCCUGUUGGAGAUGACUACAAAAAGAUGGGAACACUUUUUGGUGAACUGAACAAAAACCUCAUCAACAUGGGCUUCACAAGGAUGUAUUUUGGAGAACGAAUUGUGGAACCAGUAAUAGUUAUUUUCUUUUGGGUUAUGCUGUGGUUCCUUGGUCUACAGGCCCUUGGACUAGUUGCUGUUCUUUGCCUUGUCAUUAUUUAUGUGCAACAGUAAAAUAUGGCUAAAUAAGCCAUUGUUUGACAUUUGGUAGCCAGAUAUGUAAUUGGUGAAGUUCUAUAUUUCACUACAUGAAAGCCGAAAAAUUUGCCUUGUUUCAAAUUAUGUGCUGUUUUGUAAUUAAAUUUGUAAGUGGAUGUUGUUUAAAAUUAAACUCAACUCUUAAUUAUAACAGGGUUGAACAUACAUUUUGUAGCUUAUUCAAAAGUCUUGUUUUACUACUGUGAUCUGUGCCCACUUUUAAAUACC